AUGACCGGUGAAUUACAAAAUUUGAGGACAAGGGGAAAGGAGGAUAUAGUUCACGGUCAACGAAUAUUAGUUGAGAACAAUUCCCAAGUAGAAAACGGAAAAGUUAUCAAAAAUGGCCGCUUUGGUCCUAAAAAUGGUGAUGAGGGGGGCCACGGAGCCAAGCACGAAGAGUUUUUGCGAAGGAUAGUAUUAAUGAUGCGUGAAAUCCCCGAAUAUGCCGAAUUUAAAAGUUGGUGA